CGUCAUAAGGGCGCGCCGCGGUCUUCGCUCGCCCAGGAAGUGGGAGAGUUGCUAUGGCGAGUCCAGCCGCCUCGUCUGUGCGACCGCCGAGGCCCAAGAAAGAACCGCAGGCGCUCGUCAUCCCCAAGAAUGCGGCGGAGGAGCAGAAGCUUAAGCUGGAGCGACUCAUGAAGAACCCGGACAAAGCAGUUCCAAUCCCGGAAAAAAUGAGUGAAUGGGCACCUCGACCUCCCCCAGAAUUUGUCCGAGAUGUAAUGGGUUCAAGUGCUGGGGCUGGCAGUGGAGAGUUCCACGUGUACAGGCAUCUGCGCCGCAGAGAGUACCAGCGACAGGACUACAUGGAUGCCAUGGCUGAGAAGCAAAAAUUGGAUGCAGAGUUUCAGAAGAGAUUGGAAAAGAAUAAAAUUGCUGCAGAGGAGCAGACUUCAAAGCGUCGGAAAAAGCGCCAGAAGUUAAAAGAGAAGAAACUGUUGGCAAAGAAGAUGAAACUUGAGCAAAAGAAACAAAAAGAAGGACCCAGUCAGUCCCAGGAGCAGCAGUCCAGUAGCUCUGAGGAGGCAUCUGGAACAGAGGAGGAGGAAGACGAACCCAGCUUCAUCAUGAGGCGAUGAGGUGCUUGCACAGCAGCCAUUGGGUGCCUGGUCAUUCUGUGACAGGGGCCCCAAAUCUUCAUUGUGACCAGAAGAAAAGAGAGCCUGUUUGGCUCAGCUGCCCAGGACUCACUGCGUAGGGAGCACGUGGGAGCUGCUUGCAGUCCUGUUGGCAGGACUCCGCCUGGGGGACAAGGGAUCAUGUCCUGGAGGGCACUGCCUCGAUCCUCCUUCCAUGCUCCUGCUUUAGGGAAAGGCCUCAUCGCUGACCGCUGGCUGCUGUACUCUGGGAUUUAAAUGGCAGUGAGCUUGGGGCUGGUUUCUGUUAAGGGAAUAUUUAUUUAGUAAAAAACAAACAAAAAAAAAAAACAGAAAACCUCUAGGCGCUGUUCACAUACAUGGAACGUUGAUCACAGAGCCGUGGAAAGGCUGUGAGAUGACACAGAGGCGGGGCCUGGAGGGCCAGUAGUCCUGUUUGCUGGUCAGCUCCCUACCCCUGCCCGGCCUGCAGCCCUGCUCUGGUGCCUGUGCUGUCGCUGGUCCCUGACCCUGUUCCUCCGCUGAGGAUGCAGAACAAGCUGCACAAGAGCCACAGAUCAGCAGCUCCCAGAACCAGGGGAGGUGUGGGAGGGACUUCACCAGGGGCUGGGCCACAGGAACAGGCCCUGCUGGCGGAGGGCUCUUGGGAACAGUGGAAACCAGAGGAUAAGCCGCGGGAGAAUCCAGGCUGGGUAUGGGGUCUGAGCCAAGCUGCGCUAGGGGCCAAAGCUGCAUUUCCAUCCUGAUGUCACCAGGAAUCUAAACAGAAGGGGGACUGAAGUAUCCGGACAGCUGGUUGGAACUUUCCUCCAGGUCACAGGAGCCAGAGACAGAGGAGGCCAUCCCUCCCGCUGUGUCCUCAGGUGGAUACAGUCCAAGCCCUGUGUGCACACCGGCCCAGGGACAAGCAGUGCAGGGUGCUGUGCUGGAGCAGGGAGCUUGGGAGGUGAUCAAGGACAGCUCUGAUCUCAGUGUCUUCCGGAGAUAACCCCACCUUUGACCUGGUGGGUGUCUUGAGGCCAGUUAGGGCAACAGAGACAGUUUGUGUUGAGAGUCUGUGCUCUGUUUUUGGAUCAUUUCUAGCUCCUGCGCAUGUGUGUGCCUUUUAUGGAUUUGGGUAUCAGUAAGGAAAAAGUGGUUUGAGUAAAGGGAAACAGAAGGUUUUACUUCUUUCACACAGAGUUCCCUGACCCCAUUGAGAGCCAUGGGACAUCACUGAUAACUUCUGUCCCAGGAGUUUCUCUUUCCCAAGAAGCGGAAAUGAAGAGUCAGUCCUAAUAAAUUAACACAUACCCUGGCUAUGCAUUUGGAAGCCUGCAUUUCUCGUGCUGGGGACUGACCAGUUGGUUUUGUGGGGGUUUUUUGUUUUUUUUGUUUUGUUUGUUUGUUUGUUUUGAUUGAACAGAAGGGUGCUUUACCAUGGAGCUAGAUCCCCAGCCCUUUUUUUAUUUUGAGACAGGGUCUUGCUAAAUUGACCAAUUGGCCUCCUACCUCAGCCUCACAAGUUGCUGGGAUUGCCCGCAGGAGCCCGCCUCCGUAUUUCCCUGAGGAGCAGGGGUUCAGGGUUCACUCUGUAGCAUUCGUGGUGCCUGUAGGGUAUAGCAUUGUCGCAUGUGUCUGUAGGCAGGGAGUGUGUGUGUGAGCAACCUGGAGUGACAGGGACAGUUUCCUGAAGCAGGGAACUACAAGUUGUCGCCCCUUGCCAUAACGCUGUGUGGAUACAGGACCAUAGGUGUCAGCCGCCGCCAGCCCUGACUGUCCUCAGAUGGCCCCUUUCCACCCCAGACCUCCACUGCUCCCCAUCCCUCAUGUUAACUGUCAGAGCAGGAAGAAAGGAGGCAUUCAGGUCACCGUGACACUGCCCCCAGCCCACAGCGUCGUCUGCCACAGCUCAGAUGGUCUCACCUGUCUCCUGAAUCUCCUCCCUAAGCCAGUACACAGCCCGGUCUCCAUCUGUCCUCCCCACUUCAGUCCAGCCCCACGUUCUCUGUUUGCUUCCACCGCUUCCUGCAUCCCACUCCAUGGUCUCAUGUGGUCCUCACCAGGCAGCCCUUAGUGUGGCCUGUGUAGUCUCACUCGGCAUUCCUGGCGGGGCCCUGCUGGCUGGCUUCCUGCCUUUGCUUGCCUCUCAGCUCACCCUGCAGUGCUGGGGCAACCCAGUGUGCUCCCGUGUCCUGUCCAGGAGGUCUUGUCUGACUUUAUUUUUUAUUUUUUUUUUUUUUCUUUUUAAAUUUUUUAUUGUGGGUCUUGUCUGACUUUAGACACCGUACUUGCUGGAACCUUGUAAGGGUGUGAACUUCCUCCCCUCAGAGCCCCGUACUCGGGUCCCACUGCCUGCCGAGGGCGCCCCUUCAUGUCCAAUGGGAGCCUCUAGCUGGUAUGAGAAGAAUGUGAAUUUCAGCCUAUCCCCCCAUUUCCCCACUGUGGUGAGCUGUGCCACCAUCCAUACCAGCACUUGAGCCCCUCAUCUGAGGGUCAGGGUCAUCUUUGGUUCCUGUUUUCUUACCCCCCACCAUCAUCCAUCAGAAGGUUCUGGACUUGCUUACUCUCUGGUCUCUCUCAUUCCACACACUCCACAAACACCAGCAUCUUUUGGCCACUUCUGCUUAUUCCCCACCCCCAAUCCAUCCUCCACACAGUAGCCAGAGUCUCUUUAAAAACUCACCAGAUCUUCCCUCACUGGGGAUCAACAGGAGCUGCCAGGCUCUGCUGUCAGACUCAGCCUCCGCCCCCUCAUCCCUGGCCAUCUCCCCGGCUCCGCCAACCUUGAGUGCCCUGUACUUGCCCUGCUGUAUCCUCUUAGCAGGGCCUCAGCCACAUCACUUGGAGAGGACUUUCUCACCACCGCCUGUUUCUCCAGCACAACACCUGUCAUUAUUUCCUACCCUGCCACACCUUCAGCUCCAAAAGGACAAGGCCCUUUGCUCAUUCUGGUUUUUGCUGCAUCCCUAGUGCCAGCACAGUACUUGGGACAUCACAGAUGCUCAGUAAAUGACCUUUAAAUGAUUGAGCAAAGCCAGGCACUGGAAGCAGAGAAGUUCUUCAAACCCAACAAACUGCAGAUACAGCGGGAAGAACGUUUAGACACCAGUCAAUGGUUGGUAAAAAGGGAUUGUCCCAUGCAUGCAGCACCUGGGAGGGACCUGCUUAGAAAUCCAGAUACCAGGAUGAUGUCCCCCAGAGAUCUGAUUCAUUACAUUUCAGGCCCAAAAUAUACAUUUUAAAUAUGAGAUCCAGGAAGGCUGGCUUGGAGCACCUUAGCUACCACUACUGCUUUAAAUUCACUUUUCUGUUUUUAACAUUUAUCUUUUGGAAAAAAAAUGUGAAAUUGAGUUAGAGAAGUGAUGUUCUACUGACCUUUUGAAACUCAGUCCAGCUCCUAAGGCCACACAGAAGGCGGAGAGACCGCAUAUCUGGUGAUCGUGGAAACAGGCGUGUUCCCCCUUCUCCCCUUUGGAAGUUAAUUUCUGUUUACUCUUUGGCAUACUUGAUGAAAGUGAGCUACGAUUACCAUAUAUUAGCAUGUAUUUCCAUAAAGAGCAAUCUUAGAAAUUAACCUGGAACAAGUCCAAAGAAGCUGUUUCUUGUUCCAGAAAAUGUAGCAAAUGUUUACUGAAUGCAACGUGCUCAACCCAAAUGAUCCCAGGGUCAUUGCUAGGCACUGGAUAUGGUGACGGUGAGUUUCCCUUCAAGCAGUCCCACACUUUGAUCAGGAACAGGACCUGAGCACAACAGUGCAGAGUGCUGUGCAGGCCUCUGACCCUGCCUUCAGGAGGCAACCUGUCAUUUUGUGUUGCAGGGAAUAACUGGAAGGGAACAGGUGGGAAACUGGCAGUAACACAGCCCUCGGAGCCACCAGUGGCCUGAACAGAGGCAAGUUCCAGCAGGAGAAUUCAGGGAGAGGAGGAGGCCAGGAUGAUACCAGGUUGACUAUGUCACCAAUGGGGGAUGAAGGACUAUCCCCUGGGGACAUGUGGCCCAGGAGGUGGACAGGUGUGUGAGGGAAAAAUGACAAAAUGUUGGGCUGGGGAUGUGGCUCAAGCGGUAUCGCGCUCGCCUGGCAUGCGUGCAGCCCGGGUUCGAUCCUCAGCACCACAUACAAAUAUACAUGUUGUGUCCGCCAAAUACUAAAAAAUAAAUAUUAAAGUUCUCACUCUCUCUUUAAAAAUAAAAAAUAAAUGACAAAAUGUAGCUGUGGGCAUGGUGACGUCAAGGGUCCCUGGGAUGUGCACUGCAGAGAUGUCUCCCAGGCUUAGGAGAUCCGACCUAAGAGGAUAGCUUGGAGUCUCGGACCAAUAUAAAAGGGGGAGAUGUUAAAGAGGGUGAGAAAGAGAUGGGAGAUGGCUGGAGGGGUUGAGCAGUGAGGGAAAGGAAUGGGUCUCAGCAAGGUCAGGGGAGAGCCAUGGUGGGAUAUGAAGGGAGUAAGAAAAGUUAGAAAGUAUUUACUGAACACAAAGUGCUAAACCCAAAUGAUUCCAGGGUCAUUACUAGGCACUUGGAGUGGGCUUUCUCCUCUUCGUGUCCAAUGGAAGCCAAGUGAGUGUAAUGGUUUGUCCUCCCAAUUCAUUCAGGAGCUUAAUCCCCAAAGUUUUAUGAUAAUAGUAUUAAGAAGCUAAAAACAAUCCAACUGAGUUUAAAGGUGGGGCUUUGGGAAAGAGAUUAGAUUUGAGGGCCCUGUGAUUGAAUCCCACUGACUUUGAGAGGGAGAAAGACCACACAGAGAUACCCACAUGCCCACUGUGAUCUAAUGCAGUUCGGGGGGGGGGUCUUCCCCAGAGCCUGGGCCACUGCAUUUGGACCUCAUACCUUCAGAACUGUGAGACAAAAUAAACCUCAUCUUUAUAAAGUA